AUGGAGCUCCUCACUGCAUGCUACACAUCAGCGGCGCAGGUCAUACAGCUGUACGCUGACCUCAUGGACAAAGGUGCGAUUAUGUGGACCCGCAGCUACUUCCAGGUCAUAUUCACGACGGCACUGACGGUCGCCCACUGCAUCAGCCUGGGGGUGCUAACGAACGGCUCACACGAUACACAGAGUCAGAACGAAGCAGUCGGGACAAUUGCAAGGCGUGGCAGGAUUCUCAGCCACUUCAAAGAUCAGAUGCCAGAUGCUGGGUCUUUCGCAGUUGUUUUCGACUUCCUCAAAGAAAUGUGCAUCAAGAGUAUAGUUGGCAACUCGGCUUCAACACUCAAUAACCAGGACGAUAGUGGCCGCGUUAGCUCCAAUACGCUAGUGGGCUUUCCUCCGCAGAAUAGUGGUGAUCUGUUUGGGAUUCGGCCUUACAUGGAAGCUGUCUCGAGCGGAUUUGGGGUCAACAUAUACGGUGCAGACUUUGGAUGGACAGACGAUCUCACGACAUAG